CAUCGGUACACUUACCGUGCCGUACAGGAAGUAGCUACUGUCGUCAUCUCCGUUUAGCGGCUAUGUUUUACGAGGUCUCUUUCUGAAGAAGCAGCAAUGAUGUCUGGCACCGGGGGAGGGAAGCGAGCCUCAGGUGGGGACAGCCCCCCUGGUCCACCUGAGAAGAAGAUUAAAAAAGAGGAGAAGACCACCACCACUCUCAUUGAGCCUAUACGCAUUGGGGGAGUUUCCUCUACGGAGGAAAUGGACAUGAAAGUGAUCCAGUUUAAGAAUAAGAAGCUGAGUGAGCGUCUGGAGCAGAGGCAGACCAUGGAGGACGAGCUGCGAGAGAAGAUCGAGAAGCUGGAAAAGCGACAAGCCACUGAUGAUACCACACUGCUCAUUGUGAAUCGUUACUGGUCCCAGUUGGAAGAAAAUGUUCACGUCCUGCGCCUACGCAUUGACCCCACGGUGGUCCCAGCACCACCUGCUACGCCUGCCCCUACCCCAAUAGAAGAGGAUGGUAUGAUGAUCCCACCACCCCCUCCUCCAGCACCAGAAAACGAGGAGCAACAGCCUCCCCCACCUGAUGUUAUGGAGAAAGCUCCUGAACCACAGCAGGACUCGGCAACAGCACCGCCACCCUCUACUUCCCUUAGUGAGAGUGCCAAGGCCUUCCUCUCCAUUCUGGACAACAGCAGUGAGGAGGAGCUCAGCCUUCAGCUGCAGGACAGGAUGCAGUUUAGCAAAGAGGCUGCUGCUUGCAUGGUCUGCGUCUUCGACAGGCUGCACAGCCGCAUCGAUGGCUUAUGCACCCAGAUCCAGUCCGCAGUGUGUGAGGACGACAGCCAGGAAGAGCUGCUCCGUCUGAAUCGUACUCUGCUGGAGGAGAAUAGCAGACUGCAAGACCUGGCUUCCUCCCUGCAGAGCAGACACCACAAGAUGUCUAUGGAGUACAAUGAGCUUGUGGAUAAGGUGACGAGCUCAGAGACCAAGGUGUCUGAGAUGGAGACUGCUGUGGAGGAUCUGCAGUGGGACAUCGAGAAGCUCCGUAAGAGGGAACAGAAGCUCAACAAGCAUCUAGCUGAGGCACUGGAACAGUUGAACUCGGGCUACUACACCACUGGCAGCUCAGGGGGGCUACCCGGAGGCCAGAUCACUCUCAAUAUACAGAAGUUUGAGAGCCUGAAUGCAGAGUUGGAGCAGAAUCAGGAGCUGGCCAACAACCGCAUGGCGGAACUGGAGAAACUCCAGCAGGAGCUCCAGGAGGCUGUGAGGGAGAGUGAGAAGCUUAAGUUGGACCUGAAAAAUAUUCCAGAGGAAGUGGUGAAGGAGACCGCAGACUACAAGUGCCUGCAGUCCCAGUUCUCACUGCUCUACAACGAGUCUCUGGGGGUGAAGACCCAGCUGGACGAGGCCCGUGCCCUGCUCCUCACCGCCAAGAACGCCCACCUCAGACAGAUAGAGCAUAUGGAGAGUGACGAGCUGUCACUACAGAAGAAGCUCCGCACAGAGGUCAUCCAGCUGGAAGACACGCUGGCCCAGGUGCGCAAGGAGUACGAGAUGCUGCGCAUCGAGUUUGAGCAGAACCUGGCGGCCAACGAGCAAGCAGGCCCAAUCAACAGAGAGAUGCGCCACCUCAUCAGCAGCCUCCAGAACCACAACCACCAGCUGAAAGGUGACGUGCAGCGCUACAAGCGGAAGCUCAGAGAAACACAGAUGGAGAUUAACAAGUUGCGGUGCCAGAGUGGUGACACUGGGCUUCUGUCGUUGGAGGAGCCGGUGAGCGACAGCCUGGAGGUGAAGAAAGAAGAGGAGGAAGACCAAGAGGAGGAGGAGGAGAGGAGGAGGGAGCUGGAGAGACAGCGGGCCCGGGAGAGAGAGAGGGAGGCCGAGAGGGAACGGGAGAGGGAACGAGAAAGGGAGCGACAGCGCAGCGAGGAGUUGAAGAGGAAAGAUUCGGACACUCUGAAGAUGCUGAGGGCGGAACUUAAGAAAGCCCAGGAGUCUCAGAAGGAGAUGAAGCUACUUUUGGACAUGUACAAAUCAGCUCCCAAAGAGCAGCGAGACAAAGUGCAGCUUAUGGCAGCAGAGCGCAAGUCUAAAGCCGAGGUGGAUGAGUUGCGGGUGCGGGUUCGAGAGCUGGAGGAGAGGGAGAGGAAGGAGAGCAAGAAGCUGGCUGAUGAAGACGCUCUCAGGAAGAUCCGCGUGGCAGAGGAGACGAUCGACCACCUACAGAAGAAGCUCACUGCCACCAAACAGGAGGAAGAGGCCCUACUGAGUGAGAUGGACGUGACGGGUCAGGCCUUUGAGGACAUGCAGGAGCAGAACAGCCGGCUAAUGCAGCAGCUGAGGGAGAAGGACGACGCCAACUUCAAGCUGAUGUCGGAACGCAUCAAGUCCAACCAGAUCUACAAGCUGCUGAGGGAGGAGAAGGAGGAGCUGGCCGACCAGGUGCUCACCUUCAAGACCCAGGUGGAAGCACAGCUAUUGGUUGUACAGAAGCUGGAGGAGAAGGAGGGCAUCCUCCAGAGCACACUGGCCACUCUGGAGAAAGAGUUAGGAGUCCGCACACAAGCACUAGAACUCAACAAGAGGAAGGCGGUGGAGGCAGCCCAGCUGGCUGAGGACCUGAAGGUGCAGCUGGAACACACCCAGUCCAAGCUGAGAGAGAUCCAGGUGUCUGUGUCCGAGAACCGCACCGCCAGAGAGAGGGAGUUGGGCAACCUCAAAAGAGCACAGGAGGACCUGUCCAGGCUACGACGAAAGCUGGAGAAGCAGAAGAAAGUGGAGGUGUACACUGAUGCUGAUGAGAUCCUGCAGGAGGAGAUUAACCAGUACAAGGCGAAGCUGCGUUGUCCGUGCUGCAACACCCGCGACAAGGAGACGGUGCUCACCAAGUGCUUCCACGUGUUCUGCUACGAGUGUCUGAAGACGCGCUACGACACCCGACAGAGGAAGUGCCCCAAGUGUAACUGUGCCUUCGGGGCCAACGACUUCCACCGCAUCUACAUCACCUAACUCCGUUACCAUGGAGAGGAGGAAUAGAAGAGAACAGAGCCAAAGGAGAGGGAGACAAAUAUAAUAGUGAGGGUGUGGUUGGAGAGGUGUCUGGAGAGCUUAGUUUCUCAGUUUUAAUGGCUCCUUUUGGAAAGACUUUCUUAAAUUGCAUCAUUGCCGGUUGGUGCUAAGUGACCAAACAGAUAGAGAGUUGUGAUUGAUUGAGAUGUACGGUAGGUAGUAAUAAAUACAGAAGUGCUCAUGCACACAUACCAAGGUAUUACUACUUCUGUUUUUCUGUCCCAUCUUAGUUUGUCAGAUCUUGCCCAUGUGGAAUUCUUCACUUUUAACCGAGCCCAUUUUUAAGCUGUUAUUCACCUUUUAAAAGUGAACUGGGAUGUUGUCGUGGUGCUGUAUGAUUUGUAUACAGACUUACCCAGAAUCAUCCUUUAGAACACCUGUAUGUGCUUGUUUUGGAUAUUCUAAGAAAAGAAGCCCAAUCUCAAGAACUGAGAUUCCUUUACUGGACACAUAUUAGUUCAGACGUUGUGUACAUUACGACUCCAUUCAGUUGAAAUUGAGUUUCUUUCAUUAUCGUAAUGAUCAGGUAUGCACCUGUGGAGAGAUUUCACCGGAUAAUGCUAUUGUCAAUACCUAGGAAUCAUUCGACAUAAAGUUGGCAGUUAAGUUUGACUUAGAAUCAGCACAAACAGGAGUGUUAAGGAUAACCUGUUAUAACCAAGCCCAUUGCUAGCAGAUUGAGCGCCUCAGUCACACACAACAUCUGCAGGUUUUAGUGCUUCAUUACUGAUGACAUUUCAGUGGAAGAGUCAGCUCACGAGUGUCAUCUUAAGUGGGCCGUCCCAUCCAGCUCUUUCAAGACUACUUAAAGAUUACUGGAACAUUAAAGGGGCAAUAUGUAAUAUUUUUGCAUUGUAAUUUCAGAAAAGGUCCUUAAUGUAUCUACAGUAAUAGUGGAAGGAUAGUUUCACUAUGUUUAUUCCCCCCAAAAAUGUUUGGGCCCACACGAAAUUCCAUUCUAAUGGUGCAGACUUCUUGACUGGGGCCAUCAAAGGGCAAGAAAUCACUCAGCCCCAGUCAAUUUGACAACUAGAGACGGUCCGUUGUUGAAUUGUUACAUGUAGUACCUUUAAAGUCUCAAAACAUAUGUUACAACCAUGUUCUGCCUUAAUGGAAUCUCUGAACCCCAUUUUCCUCAGUUCUGAUGAUGCUAGCUGUUUAUUGAGAGCUUGGUGAUGUGUUUGAUGUUAGCUCCUGUGAGAACCAAAAUCAUAGCUGGCCUCAAAAAACCACAGUGAGACUCUUGUGAUCUAAAGUAAAUUGCAAAAAAACAUAAUACAUCUGUUCAAAAUAAGACCUCUAUAAUAUUUUGUUGUAAUGUUUGAGUUUUGAGACUCAGGAUAUUUGGAUUGGUAUUAAUGAGUGGACAGUGUGGGCUCUGUGUUAUGAACAUACAUGCCAUAGACAAAGGAGCAGUUCUCAUUUGGAACAUAGUGAUCAUUUUGUAUUUCACAGAGCGUAGAAGUUGUACGUUUUCCUAGUAAAAACAUACACUUGUGCAUCAUGA